AUGGUACAGCAUACAAAUCAAAUGUCGAUCCGCAUCGUUAGUGUGGAUCAUUACAUGAGCAAACCGGACCCACAGUUCGACGCGUGCUAUUCAGAAUUCCGUGGUUCGGAAAUCAAACAAGUGCCGGUCAUACGACUGUUCGGCUCCAACACCGAAGGCAUCCAUAGCUGCGUCCACAUCCAUGGCGUCUUUCCAUACUUUUACAUCCCCUACGAUGGAUCGGUUGCGGACAAGCUCGUGGUGGACCAAAAAAUUUAUCAACUGGCUUGUGCUCUUGAUAAAGGUAUAAACGUUUCGCUGGGACGCUCAGCGUCCCAAACGAAGCACAUCUUCAAGAUAGUGCUGGUGAAAGGAAUUCCCAUUUACGGCUAUCAUCGGAAUUCGCAUCACUAUUUUAAGAUCUACAUGUACAAUCCGCAUUUGCUACGAAACGCCACUCAACUGUUGAUGAACGGAACCAUCCUUUCGGGAACAUAUCAAGUUCACGAAACGCACAUACCCUACAUCUUGCAGUUCUUCAUCGACUAUAACCUGUACGGGAUGAGCUUUUUGGAAGUAAACUCGAACGGAUUGCGACAGCGAACAAAUGCCACUGAAACCGUCAACAACAUCCCACCGAAGAUGUCCACAUCCGAGUACGAGAUAGACGUGCUGGCAGCGGAUAUCCUGAAUCGCGAACCAGAAGACAACAAUACUGGUGAAUUUGCUAACCCGGGCAUUGCUUCUAUCUGGAAGGAUGAACAAACUCGACGGCUUUUGGUCGGUUUCGAGCAACCGGAACGCAUGAAUCUUUCACAGACCAGCGGCUCAGCGCAUGAAAUCGUAACCGAAAGCGAUCGAUUCUAUCGAGCGAGACUGUUAUCGAAACUGUCGAAAGAACACACUCCCAGCUCAACUGCGGACGAACAAAGAAAAGUACUCGCUUCAGCCUACCCAUCAGAAGCAACUGAAGACGAAACGUUGCUCGACGCGUCCUGCAUUGUCAAUCAUACACGACCCAGGGGGGGACACAGCAAUGAGAGCUUGUACGAUUCGCAAAUCAGUUAUCAUUUCGAUUCGACCGUGGUUGACGAAGAGAAGAUUAUAUCCAUGUCGCAGAAUCCGGAUAUGACGCUCGGAGAGGAAGAUUAUAGUAUGCUGGAAAUCCUGCGAGAGCUUGAAGAACUGGAAUCUAACAAUAUCGAGGGCGAUUGUCUGUUGGCACCGAUGACACAGCUGUCAGGCGAAAAGAAGCGCAGCAUUAUGCAGUCUAGUUUGAACUUGUCGCAAGCCAACAAACGGCUGAAUGCUUCUAUGUAUGGAGAUCUGGACACAGUUUGUCUCAUGUCCGAUCAAGCUAACGAGCGUACUCUACAUCCGGACGAUGCAAGCUUUGAUUCGGAUGAUGAGUUUCUGCUUGAUUUUUCGCAAAAGCAAUCGUGUGUCGGAAACAACGAGCUGGCUGAAACGAGUACGCUCUUGAACGACAGUGACGAUGACCUGCUGUCUGGUGGAUUCAUCCCACAGUUGGACGGAGGUGACGACAGCUUCAAAACCAUUUCUUCAAAGCGUAACAGAAGCAGUAAGGAAAGCAUAUCCCCAAACAGCUCAUCCGCCAAAAAGAUGCGCAUUGAUUUAACGCAACCGUUAUCCAGAAAAUCAUCGCGUAGUAGAGUAUCGUUUGCCCUCUCCCCGGAGGAGAAUGAUAGCGAACGCGGGAAGCGUAUGCUCCAAGAAUUUGAAAAUUCUUCUCCUAAUACGCUGAAGAACUUUGAAAUAAGGAUUCCAAAAUUGGGGUUGGUCAAGAAGUCGAUCCUGUUCUCCAAUCGAACCCGAAACUCAUCGAAGUCUACAACGGUCGGCGAACUUUCGAUACCGAUGAAAAGUCUGCAAGUGUGCAUACCGAAAUUGGACACUACCGCUUACGACGUCAGCCAAUCGUCUGCCGUUACGAAAAUGGAUUCAACACCGAAGGACGCCGAAGGUAAAUCAGCAAAAUUGGACGAUCGAUAUCAACUUGCAAGAACUUACGAUAUCGUUAACAACUACGAUCCGCUGGAAGGUCCGUCCACUCCGAAAUCGGAGCGUGUGCGAAGAAAGAUCGUAACCCCGGCCGCGAAAGGGCAGCCCAAGGCGAAGAUGUUGAAGUUUGAAGAAGAGCAACAGAUCGAGCUGAUUCUUUCAGAAAGAUUUAAAAACAUUGUGCGCCUUUCUCCGAAAGUGCUGAUCAAACCGUUACUCCUAAUCGCGAAGCCGGCGGUUAACAGCGAGCUAUCGUUGGAUGAAUAUUCAUCACCGCGCAAAAUACUCCCCGAAGAUGGUCCACCGAGUGGCAAAAGUGAUGUUGCAGAAUGUAAUGGAUCUGGAUCUUCUAAUCAAUCAGCUUCAGUAGCCGAAGGUUCUGCACCUUCAACCGAACCUGAAUUAAAUAGUGCCGUUGCAACGGAUACAGCGUGUAGUUCCGAUGAUAACACCACGCCAAAGCAAGUUGAAACGGUCGAAAGCGAGGGAAUGGAUGUGGAGUUUUCAUUGCCAUGUAAUAGCGACUCGGGCAGUGAAACGGCACGCAAAACAGGAAUUGAAGAUGCGUCCGAUAAAAACGUACCCACCAUUAGUAUCGCGGAUGACGAUAGCGACGAUUCACUUCCAAUCAACCGUGUAAUUUCGCUUGAGGACGAUGUAGAAGAAGAUGUGCAAAUGAUUGCGCCUAGCCUGCUUGACGACCUUCCAAUUGCAGAUCUUUUAAGCAAUAACAGUUGCAAUGCGAUUGAUGUGUCGGACGAUGUUAGUGAAACACAAACUGUCACCAUUGCAUCCCAACUGGAUGGAGUGGGGGAAUUGAUGGACGAAAGUCCGAGCAAGGAUCCACCUCCUGAACCGGAGAAUAGUACCGCCGCCGAUGAAGAAGGUGUCGAAGAUGAUGCAAAUAUUGAGAGUUUUUGUGAAAAAACGAUGUUAUGUGAGCUGGAUGACAUUAAUUCGGAUUCAGACGACAGCUGCCCCGGGUUGUGGAACACAACCGGCACAGAAAUGGGCGAACAUGUAAUCAUAUCGUUGGCUGCCGCGCCACCUACCCGCGAUGAUGCACAGCAGGCGAUUGACAAGUUUGAAAUUCCAGCCGUGGUCAAUACGACUCCGUUUUAUAGCGAUCCCGCGGAUGUGACGGGCAAGAAGGAAGUUGGUCAUACGGUUUUAAACAUAGCCGGGAAUAGUUUGAAUGAUGAGCAAGAGUUUACCAGCACCAUUGCUGGGCUCGGAUCGCUGAAGCAUUUGCGAUAUGACAACCUCCAGCGUACGUUUGGGGAAAACAUCGACGACGUGCUAGGACCCAUCGGAGCUAAUGGUCCAAAUUCCGAACGGAUGAAAGAAUUGCUGGCUUCGGAAGGAUGUGUUGUUAUCACCCCAGCAGUGCUUCCGCCUGAUGGCACCGAAGCGGCCAACUGGAUUGACAACAGAUGCCGACAACGCCAGACCGAUGUUGUCGCUUCGAUUGAUUCGGACAGCCCGAUUAAGGUGAAAACAGCGGAAACAAUCAUGGCAGUGGAAGAAAAGGCGCUAGCGAACCACUUAACACCUAGGAUUGACAGCGAAUCAUCGCUUAAUCUAAGUGUCCUAGUAGCAAACGAAGGGCACACUGAUUUGACCACUAACGGGAAGAGCCCAACAAAACCGGUUGAAGCGAAAACCGAUACAUUGAACUCUUUAAAUACACCUGACCAUGACACAAGUAGCACUAAAGUGCCAUCACCUGCCAAAGCAGCCAACACCCUUACUUCUGACUUGAAUGGAUCUUCAGUGGAAAGAGAUGCCGCGGAUGAGAUCGCAUCAUCACAAGAGGUCAGUACAUCCGAUCAGUCAGAAACGAUAGAACAAAGCAAUGCAGACCUUUCGACGGCCACCCCAAUCGGGUUCAAGGUCGACUUCGAAAAUUUGCAGGACGCCAAAUCGAAGUGUGAGUACAACUAUCUGACAAUACUGUCGCUCGAAGUGCACGUGAAUACCCGUGGCGAAUUGCGUCCCAAUCCGAGCACUGACCCCAUUGCGGCAAUUUUCUACCGCAUCCACAACGACGUUCCAUCGGACCAUCCGAAGGCUUCGUCCGUCUGUGGCAUCAUACUGAAUCGUGCCCAGACGCAAAGCGAAGGUGCGAGUGCAGCGGAUGAUGGUGGUACGAUGAGCUACAAGUACAAUCAAUCGGCACACGUGGCGGACGUCGUCGUAGUGUCCGGUGAGCACGAACUGUACGAAAAGUUUCUGCUGCUCAUUUCCUUCUGGGAUCCGGACAUAUUUACCGGGUACGAGAUUGAAAGCGUAUCCUGGGGCUACGUUAUCGAGCGGGGCUACGCAUUGGACAUGAAUCUAAUGAAGAAGCUUUCGCGCGUUCCGUCCGCGGAGAAGGUGCACGUGUCGGAGGAGGAACAGCGGGAACUGUUGGAAAUGCAUGAGUAUAGCGCGGGUUUGAAGAUUCCGGGCCGCAUACUGAUGGACAUCUGGCGCCUGAUGCGACACGAGAUUGCCCUGACGUCGUACACGUUUGAGAACGUAGCGUACCACGUGCUGCACCGGCGAGUUCCAAACCAUUCCCACCGGCAGCUGUCCCGGCUGUGGAACAAACCAUACAGCCGCUGGAUUGUGCUGGAGUACUAUCUAGAGCGGGUGAACGGGAACUUUGAGAUACUCAACCAGCUCGAUUUGAUUGGCCGCACGGCGGAGCUGGCCAAACUGUUCGGCAUACAGUUUUACGAGGUGUUGUCCCGCGGGUCACAGUUUCGCGUGGAAAGCAUGAUGUUGCGCAUUGCAAAGCCGAAGAACUUUGUGUCCGUGUCGCCCAGCAUCCAUCAGCGGGCGCACAUGCGCGCACCGGAGUACUUACCAUUGAUCCUCGAGCCGAACUCGCGCUUCUACGCCAAUCCGAUCAUUGUGCUCGACUUCCAGAGUUUGUAUCCGAGCAUUAUCAUUGCCUACAACUACUGCUUUUCGACGUGCUUGGGCCGCAUCGAGCACUUGGGAGAGGACACCUCGCCGUUUGAGUUUGGCGCUUCGCAGCUGCGCGUACCACCAAAGAUGCUGCAAGCGUUGCUCGACAAGAAUUUGGUUACGUUUUCGCCCUGCGGCAUUGCGUUCGUGAAGAACCGCGUGCGGGAAGGGGUACUGCCACGGAUGUUAAGCGAAAUCCUUAACACCCGCCUGAUGGUGAAGAAGUCGAUGAAGCUCCACAAGGGCAACAGCAUCCUGCAGCGUGUGCUCCACUCGCGCCAGCUCGGCUUGAAGCUGAUCGCGAACGUGACGUACGGCUACACGGCGGCCAACUUUAGCGGCCGCAUGCCGUGCGUCGAGGUUGGCGACAGUGUCGUUGCGAAGGGCCGGGAAACGCUCGAGCGUGCGAUCAAACUGGUCGAGGGUACGGAACGCUGGGGUGCGAAGGUAGUGUACGGCGACACCGACUCGCUGUUUGUGCUCUGUCCGGGCAGGACCAAGCGGGAGGCGUUCAAAAUAGGGGAGGAGAUUGCCGAAGCAGUUACGCGAGAAAAUCCACCCCCAGUCAAGCUGAAGCUGGAGAAAGUCUACCAACCAUCGAUACUGCAGACGAAGAAACGCUACGUGGGAUACAUGUACGAAUCGGCAGAUCAGCAGGAACCCGUCUACGAAGCGAAGGGCAUCGAAACGGUCCGCCGGGAUGGGUGCCCGAUUGUGGCGAAAAUGCUCGAGAAGGUUUUGCGCAUUCUGUUCGAAACUUGCGACGUGUCCAAGGUGAAACAGUACACCUGUCGACAGUUUACCAAAAUUCUGGAGGGACGAGUCAACCUGCAGGAGUUCAUCUUUGCCAAAGAGUUCCGGGGUGAGAACGGCUACAAGCCGGGUGCUUGUGUACCGGCGUUGGAACUGACGAGAAAAUGGAAGCAAACCGAUCCCCGGCGCGAACCGCGCCAGGGCCAACGGGUGCCGUACGUGAUAAUCAGUGGUCCACCGCUGGUCCCGCUAAUUCGGCUCGUGCGCAGCCCGGACGAGGUGCUCUCGAACGCAGGGCUUAAAAUAAACGCUAAUUAUUACAUUUCGAAGGCGAUCAUUCCGCCCCUCAACCGUUGCCUGCUGCUGAUCGGUGCGGAUGUACACCAGUGGUACAACGAGCUGCCCCGCAAGACGCUCAUGCUGCACAACACCGGUGGCGUACCGGUGGCGGACAGCAAGCUGCUGGCCAUCGCCGAUCAACAGGCGCAUAAAAAAGUCACCAUCUCGCAGUACUUCUCCACCACCAACUGCAUCGUGGACUGUGGCAAACAGACGCAGCAUGGCGUGUGUAAGGACUGCCGGCAGCAGCCGCAACGGGCGUUGGUGCACGUGAUGAACAAAGUCAACAAGCUGGAACGGAAACUCGAGCUCACGGAAAAGAUGUGUCGAUCGUGCUGCCAGCGUACGUUUGAAACGGGCUGCAUUUCGCUGGACUGUCCGGUGGUUUUCUCGCUGAACCGACGGACCGUCGAGUUUAAACAAGUGCAGUACUAUCGAGAUCUUAUUGAGCAGCUAUUCUAGGGAACUAUUAUUUUUGAAAAAGCAUUACGGUACGACUCAAAUGGUUCCAAUUAGUUGCAGUUCUUGAGCAGCUGUUCGAAACAACUAGCUAUUUGUUAAAGAACUUUCAGUUUUUCAACAAAAUUCAGUAAUUUAUGGAAAGGAAGUUAAACAAAU